AUGCAUCUAAGCCAUGGUAGAGGCGGUGGCCGAGGCCAAAGCCCUCGACAUCCAGAACCCUCGGACCCGUUUGUGGAUGAAGUUCUCGAAGUAGAUGACACAGUGGAAGAUACGGCAACCCUUAUUUGGUCUAAUACCCUUGUUGGUUACAUACUUCCAGGGAAACCUUUUCGCAAGCAGGCAGUAAUGGAAGCGCUACCAACAGCAUGGAACACAUUAGCACCUAUCGAGAUAUCCCCUAUAGACCUGAAUCGGUAUCUCUUUCAUUUCCAACACCCUACUGAUUUAGAUAACGUCCUCGAGGAAGGACCAUGGGCAGUAAAUGGUAAUCUUCUGAUGCUAGAACGAUGGAAGGACAAUGGUGGAUGGCUAUUCCAGUUCACGGAACUAUGGGUGCAAUUUCAUGAUGUUCCGCUAGAUCUCUUCUCAUUGGAGUUUUCAUUUCAACUAGCAACCAUGAUUGGCACCCCUCGGAAGUCCAUGGCCAUUCAAGGUACUCAGUUUGGAGCUCGCGUUCAAUAUCUAAGGUGUCGGAUUCAAAUAGAUAUUCAUAAUCCUCUUCGGCAAAUUAUCUUGAGUAAAAGGAGAUCCGAUGCCAAGAUGGAGAUUAAAGUUAAGUAUGAGCGUUUACCCAUCUUUUGCUAUAGAUGUUGUCUAAUAGGCCAUAGGGACUCUCGCUGCCCUGAGAUUUUCACUAUGCAACGCAAUCAAUCUGGUGAACCUUCGUCAGCUAGAGCUGUUGAAAGACUUGGUCCCAACAUACGGGGCUCGGUACCGGAUAAAUGA